AUGGCACGCACCCCCAAGAUGGCCCAUAUCAAGGCGCAGAUGGCCGAGCGAGAGCGGCAGGAGGGGAAGGUGGCUAGCGCGCGCAACAGGUCGCAGCGAUCACAGGCGCUGCAGGAUGCCCGCGGCUCACGGGUCACGCCGUUUGGCCCUCAUGCUGAAAAAAAAGAGUUCUGUUCUGGUCCCUCAGUUCUGGUUCCUCAGUUCUGGCCCCUCAGUUUUGGUUCCUCGGUUCUGGUGUCCCCUUCUGGUUCCUCGGUUCUGGUGCCUUCGCUGCGCAAAAUGGCCAUCGUGAACCCCAAAUUCAGCAAGCCAAAACGCAGCAGCAACCGCAGCAACAACAUAGACAGCAUGACUCGCAAUCCGUCGUUGCAGCCGCCUCAAGGGCAGCAGCGCGGAGAGCGGCAGCGACGACCUGACUACCUGCAGGAGUCCAUGGAAGCGACGCGACAGAAGUUCGUCAUCGCGGAGGUGAUUAACGUCGCUCGCUGCAACGCAGACUUGAAUAAGCAGGUUCGCUUCCAAGGGCUUCCAGACUCCGAGAUUCCGCUCGUACCCGACAGAUGGGAGCCGUAUCAGCGCAAGUACAUCUGCACACACGGCUGGAAGGAGCGUAAGAGGUCGACAGGGAAGAGGACGUCGCACAAGCUCCGCCGCACGGACUGUCCGUUUCAGAUGCUAGCUCAAGUCGUCAUGCGCCGAGAUGGAACGUGGGCAUCAUCAUGA